AUGAGUAAUGAUUCAUUGCAUGGAUAUGUGGCCAAAUCCCAGUUGGAGAAAAACGCUAGCCGCUCUAUGAAGGAGAUAUCAUUCAUGGUGUCCUUUGGUAUGGACACUUCUCGGUGCGCACAUGGAGCCCACCAGCAUUUAAUCUCGCUUUUCAGGGCCGAUUUAAUAAUGAAAAUGCAAGAAAUUGGGCUAGAUAUAACCACAAACCGCGCAACUUCUCACAGAAAAGUUUUGGGUUCCUUGACACCAUCAAGGGUCAACAUUGCAGAGCCAGUAUCGAAACUGCUAGCACUAAAUGAGCGAUUGUCCAGGCAAGAAGAUGUAUUACGAUUUACGCACAUUUCUCAGUCUACCAUCUAUAUCAAGGAUUUGAGACUGUCCCGCAAGGUGUUUGUAAUUCCAUUUCCCUCCUCAAAGACCAGUCUUCUCCCAAAUUUUCUCUAA